GUCAGAAAAGUUACCACAGGGAUGGGAGGUAAAAUCCGACUCACACGUCCUCGUCGUGCCUCCUGGAUCAUGGGACUGAUUCCAUGAACUAACGUGAGCGGUAACCCGGGUGGUGGAGAUCGGGCUAAUCACCCUCUCUACCUAUACCCACCCCUGAUUACGAAAGCUACAAAGAAUCAUUGCACAAAUAUACCUGGAAUAAAAAAAGACAAAAAAAAUGCCCAAAAUUACCAAAAACUUAAAAUUGGUUUAUGGAAUGUCCGGGGUUGCUCACAAGAAAGCAAACUCCAAGAGAUAGCAGAGCAAAUAGCUGAACGCAAGUACCACAUAGCAGUGAUCACGGAAACUAGGAUGGUCUCCAAAACCAUCGAAAUAGAUAACAGUGCAACUCUAUACAACUGCAACCCAAACAUCAACGACUACCGGAACACCGGUGUCGGCUUCGUCGUUAGUAACCACUCAAUGGUUACCGCCACUGACUUUAAAGAAAUAGACGGUAGGAUAGCCACCAUUAAAAUACGUAGUUUAGCCACUAGCCAAACUAUUAACCUUAUUGGCUGCUAUGCCCCAACUGAGUCUUCUAGUGAAGAUAUCAGUAAAGACAAAUUCUAUCUUAAACUCAAAAAUACAAUAAAACAACUCAAAUCAAAUAAACUUCCAAUACUAGUUCUAGGCGACUUCAACUGUAGGCUGGGCCAGGACCUUCACACUUACUACCCUAAUAUCGUAGGAAAAGCAAACAAUCUUGAGCCGGAAACGUCUGCGAAUGGCAUAAGACUAAUAAACUUAUGCGAAACAUUGAGUCUGCGAGUAAUGAACACGUUCAUUACUAAACCAGCUCACAAGACUCACACAUGGGUACAUCCAAAAACCCAAACCGGACAUAUAAUAGACCUAGUACUAACAGAAAAUAACUCUAGAAUAAUGGUUAGUGACAUUCACAAUAGUCGCUCAAUGGAAGCGAAUACCGAUCAUUACAUGGUCACAACCAUACUUAAACUAAAAUAUCUAAAUUAUAAUAAGAUUCCUAACACUAAUAGCAAACGUAAACAAAGGCAACGUAAGGCUAUACACGCCUUGAAUCCAGAAUACCCAAAUAUACUAAAUAACUUACUCCAAAAUAACCAUAAUCUCAACCAAAUCGAAAAGGCGAUGAUACAAGCGGCUCAUAAAGCUGCAAUCCCUUAUAAGUCGGCCACCAAGAGAUGGCAACACAACAUAGGUAAUCUCUUAAAGGAAGAGAUUAAACAUAGAAAACAACUAAGACUAAACUGGCUAAACAAUCCUACAACCACUAAUAAAAAUCUAUAUAUGCAGGCUAGUAAAAUAGUUAAAAACAAGGUUAAAUUAGCCAAAGACCAAUAUAUCAAAGACAGAAUAAGUGAGAUGAACUCAUACUUUAAGAAACAUGACUUACACUUAGCAUAUAAAAUGCUAGAUGAUAUAUUGGCUACUAUACGGAACCACUCAUACAAGGCUAAGAGAACAAAUCAAGUUAAAGAUAGUGAUCUUCAAUAUCACUAUCAAAACCUAUUCAAUGCUAAAUUAAAUCUAAAUAAUACCCAAGUCCCUUUAAAAACUACCCAAGAUCCUGAACUAACACUAGAUGAAAUAAAAAUUGGCUUAAAAAAUAUGAAAAAUCAAACUACCCCUGGUAGCAACGGCAUAACAACCGAAAUGAUAAAGCAAGGAGGUUAUAAACUAAUUGACAUGCUACUCAAUAUAAUGAACAAGAUAUGGAAAAACCCAUGCACUAUGCCAGACCACUGGCUAGAUGCAGAGGUGAUAAGCAUAUACAAAAAUAAAGGACUAAGAUCAGACCCUAAUAACUACAGAAGUAUUUUCUUACUGGACACAAUAGGCUUGUUCAACAAACAGAUAAUUACCUUCCAAUAACUCAAUUCGGAUUUAGAAAAAACUUAUCUACAAUUCACGCGAUCACAACGUUAAGACACCUAAUUCAAACCUCAAUAGACACAAACUGCACUAUAGUCCUAACCUUCGUUGACUUAACUAAAGCCUUCGAUACCAUUCCUAAACAAUUAAUAAUAGACACCUUAGCUAAAAUAUGCCCAUCAAACAAUAUAAAUUCCUGUAUAAUUAAACUAUUAGACAAUCCUAAGGGACAUCUAAGAAAUACUGAACUAAAUUUCACAAUGCAUAGGGGAGUUAGACAGGGUAGUAAAGAAGGUCCGGCCAUCUUUAACUUAGUAUUCCAAAACAUAUUGGAACAUACAAUAGAUAAAACUUUAAAAGGAGUCACCCUAAGGGAUCAGCAUAAUAAAACUUGGACAAUUAAGCAUCUAGAAUAUGCUGAUGACUUAUGCUUAAUCACUAAUACAACGGAAGAGGCUACCAAAGCCCUAAACCACCUACAGCAAUACUUAACCAGUAUUGGUAUGGAGAUAUCAAUCUCCAAGACUAAAUACAUGAUAAUAAAUAAGAAAGGUAACUCAGCAAAUGUCAAAAUAAACAACAAGGAUAUCGAAGAAGUAG